UAGCGGCGCGCUGCCCGGGCGCCGAUUGGCUGCGACGCACGGCGGCGGCCAUGUCGCGGGGCUGCGCGGCGCCAUGCUGCGCGGGCUGCGGCGGCGCUGGGCCGCCUACCGGUACCGCUUCGUGCCCUGGCUCGCCCUCAACCUCCGCCGCCAGCGCAGGACCCUGCGGUACGUCCCCGAGAGCUCCCAGGACAAGAUUAUCACCGAUGAAGCCGUUUUAGAAACGCUGCUGAGGGCGUUCGCGGCGCUGUUCGCCAGCGACCUGGGCAGGCAGGCGCCCGUCCUGGCCGCGCGUCCGGAGAUCGGGAGAAAAUACGGGGAGCCGGAGCCGGGGCGCUGCGAGGAGGCUGCCCGCGGCCCCCAGGAGGUCCUGUUCCAGGCGCUGGGCUUCGGCCUCGCCCGCCGCCACAGCUCCCUGCCCGCCGCCGGCACCGGCGUCUUCCUCAGCAGGGGCGGCGCCAGGCGAGGGGCGGUGGUGGCCAUGUACCCCGGUGACAGGGAAACCAGAGGGCUGCUGGCUGGGGAAGGGACCAGUGUAGAGACCAGGUGCAUAGAUGGUGUCCUUAUUGAUGGGAAUGAUAAAGGACUAUCAAGAGCAGUGUACAGGUCUUGCAGCAGGAGGGAUCAGCUCGGCCCAUUCCAGAUGAGUGAUGUGAGCUGGCUCACGGCUGCUCCACAAAACCCACUGGCAGUGGGACAGUAUGUUAACAACUGCUCGUAUGAAAAAGCAGCCAACGUGUGUUACCAGGAAUUUGAUGUGCCAAGUUGUUUUCCAGUAGAGCUGAAACAGUACCUGCCAAACAUUGUCUACAGCCAUGACAUACAGAGCCCCCUGAGGUGUGUAGUGCUUGUCACUCUCAGAGACAUCAAGCAAGGAGAAGAACUUCUUUCUAAUUACUACACUGUCAUCAAUUGAAUUAACAGAUUCAGGACUGAAGAAAUCUGUGCCAUUACAAUACUUUUUGUGUGUGUGCUUCAAGCUCCAUGAGCAUUUUUACACAAUGAAGAGCUGUAACUUCAGCCUUCAGAAAGAAAGCUGUGGGCUUGUAUUUCCCUGAGAUUACUCCACACGUGGUGCAGCGGUGAAGGUUUAACUGUUUACAUCACUAGGUUUUCAGCUACCUCCUAUCAUGGAUAUUAUUGCUUAUUGCUUUUCAGCUGUCCAUACAGCUCAUAAAAUAAAAAAAUUAAGUUCUGUACGUAUCAUUUAAUCUUCUAGUUUGCACACUUUUCUGUAACUGGGUGUCAGUAUUUUGCCACCGUUUCUCAUGCUCACAAUGAACACAGUUUGUAAAACUGUGUAAAUAAAUAACCUGUUGAAUGAAUAAACCUGUUUCUCAGGUUUAUGGUGA